AUGGUGCAGGUCAUACCAUCGCAAGCCACCGCCUCGCAUGGUCGCACCUCGGUCAAGCCUACCAGCACCCAACGCGCCAUUGCAAAGGCGUCGAAGGCGUUGAAGGCGUCAAGUACCAAGGCAAGAUCGGACUCCACCAAGAGCAAUGCAAUUGCGCCAUCCGCAUCGACCUCGUCAGCCCGUCCAACGCCCGCCGAGAUUGUUGAUGCAGCGUAUAAGUCCGAUAUCCUUCCAACUCUUUACGACAUGUUUUAUGCCUCUCCCAGCAUAUGGCUGGACUUCACCACUGGCCAGCACAGUGUCGACCAAGUUCAAGACCUCGUCGACAUCGUCGUGCCCAACUCCGGGUACAAAGUGAAGCACAAGGACUUUAUCUGGGAGAGGCGGUCUCUCAUUGGCAAAAAGGCAUUCAACAUUGUCCAGAAGUUUUAUUCGUCCCCGGAGUAUGCUAACAAGAAGUGGGCUAUCGAGCAGCACGCCCGCUGGGCUUUGCAUAUCCAUGGUCCGUUGAUGAAUCGUGAGCCCACUCCCCGCGAGAGCAUCAUCGUCAUGAGUCCGAAGGAGCCCGGCUAUAAGCACCCUACAGGGCACUUUGAGUCGUCGUUUUUCGUCGACCUCAUGUCUCCGCUCAUGCAAGGAGUCAAGGGAUCACACGGGAGCUUUGGACCACCGAAGGGUAUCCUUAGCCUGGCGGCUAUUGCGGUGCGUACAACUAUUGGAUCACAGUUUGAUGCUUGCCUCAUUGAUAUAUUUGUAGUUCGAGCGCGCAUUCAGAGCGUUCAUUACUGGUGA